AGGAGAAAUGAGCUGGCAGCGAAGAAAAGUGCCGAAACCCAAUCAAACGUCGGGGCUAUAAACUGGAAAAUUGGAAAAACGCUGAGGAAAUUUUAUAAAGUCGCAAUGAUAGCGCCGAUUCGAGGCAGUUGCGACGCAGCCGUCGACAUCGUUGAAAGUGAAAAUCGGCCUUGAAAGUGAGAGUAAAAGUGCGAAUCGAAAUGCUCAGACAAAGGAGCUGCCUGCGCAGGCCAAUCUCUGUGCUGCUGAUUAUGCUGCUGCAGCACAGCCUGGCCAUUAGAAUUGAGAAUACGUCGAGUUCAGUGGCGCCUGCUGGCUAUCGCGUCUCGCGGCCAGAGCCCAAGCAGCCCACACAGCGCGUGCCGCCGCACCUGCAGGACAUACGACCUGGCUACGUGGACGACGAUGCGGGCGACGUGAUACGCAUCAUUGAGCCGCCCCAGCACUUCCAGCAGCUGAAGCGACUGAGGCAGARGCAGCCGYCACAGGCAGCAGCGGUCAUCGCGCCGCCACCAAAGCCCAUUGUCUGGGAGCAGCCACGUAAGCUGAGCACCAAUCGUSGCGYMCCGCYGCCGCGUCGAGUGAAAUCGCCUGAGGGCGACUUGCUGACACAGGAGACGCAGCUGGCGCCGCUGUUCGCCAACAAUCUGCAGCUGCCCAUGGAGAUACUCGCCUCGGUGCGCAAGACGGAGCGACUGCUGAAGAGGCAGCGCCAGGGACAGGCGCAGGGGCAGGGGCAGGGGCAGCCACAGUUGAGACAGCGCCACAUCCAGCGACAGACGCACACGCUCAUUACCCAAAAGGCGCUCGAGCAGCAGCUCUACCAGCGYGGACAGCWGCAGCGACUGCGCGCUGCCCUCCUGCAGGAGCACAAGCGCARCAAGCGCGUCAAGCGGCAAACCGAGUCGAGCUCCGAUKCCAAGUAUGAUGUGCCGCAUGGCCUGAAGCUCGUGGCGCACAUAGAUGAGCUGCUCAAGAAUGCGACACGCWUUGUGCCCGAUGAAGGGAAGCCGAAUGAGCUGUCAGCCAAGCCAGAGACAGAGCCAGCGCUCUGUGGAAAUGCAACCAACUGCGACAGUCGACGACGUCGCCAGCGACUGUUUAGAGCGAGUGCACAGAGAAAGACAGCUGGCAGGGGGCGCAACUUC